AACAAAACCCAAAACCCUAGCAAAGCAACCGGUGAUCGAAUCAUAUCGGAAAGAAGCUAAAGAUACUGCGGGAGAUAGGAAAAAUGGUUGUGAGGAUUCGAUUGUCGAGGUUCGGAUGCAAAAACAAGCCAUUUUAUCGGGUGAUGGCUGCCAAUAGCAGAUCCCCAAGAGAUGGGAAGCAUCUCGAGGUCCUUGGUUACUACAAUCCUUUGCCAGGUCAGGACGGGGGGAAACGAAUGGGUCUUAACUUUGAAAGAGUGAAGUACUGGUUAUCGGUUGGGGCGCAGCCUUCAGAACCAGUCCAACGUAUUCUUUUCAGAGCUGGAUUAUUGCCCCCACCUCCUAUGGUGGCAAUGGGACGCAAGGGUGGACAACGUGACAUACGUCCCAUUGAUACUAUGACGGGACGUGUUUUGAAUUUGGAGAAGCCAGAUACCGAUAACCAAGAAGGAAAUGAUGGAGAUGACGCUGUUGAUGGGUCGAAUUCUGAAUGAAAAUUUCAUAUCAUCCCAUAAAACUCGCUCUGCAGGUAGAGUGUGAAACAAUUGUGGAUUAUAUUGACUGAUUAAGUGUUUAUUUGAAGAAAAUAACAUUUGCCUUCUGUGGAAAGCUGGAAACUGCAGCAUCUCAUUUCCAGUUCGUUACGCCAGUGGCCUGGCCCUGUCAAGAAGGUUAGGUCUGUUAAAUGUGAUUCGGUGACUACUAUUUUGGAUUCUGAAUUUCCCGUUAGAACACUAAACCAAAAUAUCUUGAAUUUUUUGUUUGGUUUCUUGUU